AUGCUCGCCAAGACCUCUUCCUCAUCAUUGAAGGCUUUCCGAUCAAGCAGCAGCCGUGUGGUUGCCUUCUCUUCUCGUAAUGUGUUGGCUCUACAACAAGCCUUGAAAAAUCAUCAUGGUAAUUCUGUUGCUCAUUUCUCGAGCAAUAAUUCAAGAGUGUAUGCUGAGACCGUUAAAUCCACCGUUGGUGCUGCUUCCACAAAACAAACCAAUCAAAGUGCUGCUCCCGAGAAUACCACUGUGGCUGCCAAAUCACCAGCAGAUCCAAACUUUAUGACCAUCCGAGGAAGCGUUAACUCAGUAUAUCUCAUCGGUACAGUUUCUAGCGAUCCAGUUGUCAGACAACUCCCCAAUGGCGUUAUGACAACUUUCUCUGUGGUUACUUCAGAGAGAAUCAAAAAGAAGGACGGAACCAUCCAAGAGCAGGCAACCUUCCAUAACGUUGUUUCCUUUGAUAAAGUUCUGGCUACCUCUGCCCAAAAGUACUUGAAGAAGGGAUUUAUUGUCAAUGUAAAAGGAAAGUUAACAUACAGAGAGGUCAAGAAAGACGACCUUACCUACAACGUUCCUCAAAUCGUUAUUUCUCAAUUCUCUGAUCUAAGAAUUAUUUAUGGAAAAUUGCCACGCCAACAAUAG